ACACACCUUUCAAAAUGUCAAUUGAAGCAAACAGCUGUUCAUGUUUUCUUGACAUCGAUUUGGGGGAGUGCCGCAAUUGUAAAAAUAUUUUCUCUGCUUGAUAAUUGGAAAUUAAUUGUAGAUUUUUUAAAUCUAAUAUAAAAUUUGUUCAUAAUGUCAGAAGUGAUGAAAGAUUUUGAUAAGCCAGACUUUAGUGUGGAUAAAUACACCAAACAAUUAGUUAAAGAAUGUGUCGGCGGCGCAGACUUGCAGCAACGCAAGAAGGAGAUUCAGGUUUACAGUGACCAAACAUCAGCAACCCUAAAAAAAUCCGUUUACGCGAAUUACAUGCAGUUCAUUGAAACUGCAAAAGAAAUUUCACAUCUCGAAUCGGAGAUGUAUCAGUUAUCACACAUACUCAUAGAACAGCGUAAUAUACUCGCAUCCCUUACUGACGAAAAAUCACCAGGGAAUGCGCAGAAUAACGAGGAAGGCGAAGAGCAACCAACACAGGAGGAUGUGGAAAACAGUCAUGCUACGCGUGCUGUAAAAGAAAUGGUGCAGGGUUUCAAUGGCAAUCUAGAGGGGAAAACUUUCCUUAACGAGGGUGCACUCAUCGAAUUAGACACCAAUGAUUACCGUCCUAUACAGCGGGUAUUUUUCUUUUUGUUUAACGAUGUGCUUAUUGUGUGUAAAGUAAAACAUGACAAGCGGCUGGAGUUUCUUUCAGAAUAUGAUCCUAAGAAAAUUGCUGUGAUCAAUAUUAAGGAUUUAGAUGGAGUACGUAAUGCAAUAAACAUAAUAACACCAGAUGGCUCGAAGAUUUUCCAAAGUGUUACUGCUGCGGGCAAAACGGAGUGGAUAGAGAAAUUAGAAGUUGCCUUUCGCUUUGACCAACAGAAGAAAACCAACAAAAAAGGGCCUGCUCCACAACCACCCAAGGCGAAACAGACAUCGCAACAGCAAAAGGAUUCAACAAAUGACGCUAAAUCAUUGGUCUCCGAUCUCAGUCCUACUGAUUCGCACGCUGGCAAAACUGUUGAAAACUAUGGACCCGAUUGGAUACAUACGGCCAGCGAAGAAAUACAAACACUUGUCGCACAAAGGUAUUUCGAAGAUGCGCAGGCGCUAAUUAAACGCACCCAAGACUAUAUAGCAAAAGACUCGAGUUUUGUGAACGCAAAGCACAUAACGGAAAAAGUUAAGGCCUUAGAAACACAGCUAACAGAUGUACUGCUGCAAGAACUUUCCAAUUGUCAUUGUCGAAAUUUGCAAGUCACACUACGUGCCUCACGGCGUUCGCUAAAGAUACUCGUCGAUAUUGGUCGUGCACGACAGGCUUGUGGCACGCUACUCAAAGUGGCCACUAUGGCGCUACGUACAGCACAGCGUGAGGCGCGACGCAACAACACUGAGAUAUCAGAGUUGUUCUUCUGCGAUCUGACGCAAGUGGCAUGCGAAUUUCUAACUGCCUUCGAAACACAACCGGCGUGUGUCGGCGCACUCGUGGUGUGGUGCAAUGCUGAGCUGCAGUAUUUUGCCAGUCAGCUGAUAAAGCAUUAUCUUACCAAAGGCACGCACUUGGAUGCUGUAGCGAAAUGCAUUGAGGGCAUACGCAAGCCAUGCGCUAAGCUGACUGAAAUCGGUUUAGACCUUUCAUACCACCUUGAAGGUCUUUUACGCAGCACACUAGAGUCGCUUAUCGAGGAAUCACGUGUGCGUUUGCUGGAAACUGUUGGACGUAGCGAAGACACUUGGCAACCAUAUAACUUGCAAACCAAAAGCAAUCUCAAACGCUUGCUAUUAGAAUUGGAUGCGCUUGGCAUCGAUAUGCGCACACAUACCACCGGCGACACGUGGAUCAAUCUCACACAGUCCACUGUGUUGUUCACACGCCACUAUCUGCAGUUGACGGCACAAUGCGCACACUUGGCCAAAAGUGAGGUGCUGUGGCCUAGUUUAGAGCUGCUUUUACGUGAUAUGAUGAUGGCACAGCAAGCUGUAAAGCCGGUCACAGGCCUCAGUGUGGAUCCCAACUUCGUGUUGAAGAAUAAACUAUACCUGCUGGAGGAAUUGCUGCCAAUUGCUAUGGCCAAUUUCCGUAGCAUAAGUGGUAGUGAACGUAAAUGUGAAAUGCUUUUGGAUUUGCAGCGGCAUUUGCGCAAACAGUUGGCGCCUGUGCCCAAGCAGCGUAGUGUCUAUCAAACUGAUGUCUUUUAAAAAAAACACAGCAAUUUGAAAAGCACAAAAAAUAGCAAAACUAUUUUUAGGUUAUAAAAACAAACUCAUCGAUAUGCUUAUUUUCGCAUUACUUUGAUUACACAUAUAUUUUUUUCAUUUUAUUAUCAUUAUCGUUAUAAUAAUAAUUAUUAUUAAUUUAAAUUUAUAUUAUAUAAUAAUUAUGUACAUAAAUAACCACAUGAAUAAAUUUCAAUCGAUUAUUUGCUGCGUCUUGUUCGCAAACCGAAAUUGCAUAUUGUGUGCAGCGUACGAUUUUCUAGUAUUUUAGCUGGUUGUUGUUGUUUGCUAACAAAAUUCAUUUCCUUAUAUUUGCAAUUUUUAUAUUUGUUUUUUGUUUUUGUUUUUUAUUCGAAUUGGCUAACAAAACAAUUGCCAACAAUGCACACAAACUAGCCCACAAAUAAAUAUGUAAACGCAGUGUUGCCUUCUAACGGUUCUUAUAUAUGUAGGUAUAUGCAGUUUUUCACCUUUUCCUUUAACUACAUUACAGUUAUGUGUAUUUAAAGCAGUGUUGUUGGUUUGGAGUAAAACGUUUAAGCGUUGCACUCUCAGUUUUUGCGUUAAUUUUUUGUUUGUUUUUAUUUUAUCUUUUUUUAGCUUACGAAUGUAAAAUUAUUUUUAUAUUUAGUUAAUAAAAGUACACAGUGUUUAUAUGUAUGUAUGUUUAUAACCUAUAUAUUUUUAUAUAUAUAUAUCUAUAUAUGUAUAUACUUCAAAUAUAAUCUACAUAUAAAUUAAAAGUAAAAA